AACCGUGGAUUCUGGAACAAGAACAAGGCACCAUGUUAUUUCUGUGCAGCUGGAGCCUAUUGAUCCUUUCUCUUCAUAAAAGUGUAACGGCGGAGCUUGCCUGUAAAGCUACAGAGACAGUUGCGGCCAUUGAAGGGGAAGAGGCCAUUCUGCAAGUGAAUAGAACAGGAAUCACAGAGAUCUCUUGGAUCUUUAAGGGACGGCACAUUGCUACAACCAGACCCAAUCAGACAAUUGAAUGGAAGAACCGGCAGUUUAUGACAAGACUGGGCAGCAAACCUGACGCUUCAUUGAUCAUCAAUAAAACAACAGGGGGAGACCAAGGAAUAUAUACAGCGGAUAUGCGUGGCCUCAGUGAGGCAGAUGAUCUCAUUCAGUGUUAUAAUCUCUCAGUGUACAGGAGAUUAAAAGAUGAAGAUAUAAGCAUACGGCAUACAGUGCAUGUCAGCGCGGCCGGAGAUACACCAUGUCAUAUUACUGUGACCUGUACUGAAGAAGGGGAAUCCACUGCUAAAUGGACAGACAGUUAUAACAAACUCAUAGAAGGGUCAAACCACACUAUCCACAUAUAUAAUGUCACUCUGGAUCUCAGCUACAAUUGUUCCCUGGCAAACCCAGUCAGCAAAGUCUCCAAAACAGUAAAUGUGUGGGCCCUGUGUAAUGAAGGAAAGCGGAACAUGGUGGCGCUGAUAACAGGACUGUUGGUGGGGCUGUUGGUUGUUAUUGGCUGCCUCUGUUCUGUUUACUAUUUGACAAAGAAGACCAGGACUUUAAGAUUCAGGGACAAGGCAAAUGGAUUUCCAGUCAACGACACCACAGAACUUACUAAUGUGCCAGCGGAGAAUCCAUAUUCUGAAAUCCAGGACCCGCCGGCGAAGAAAAAACUGCCCAACAGCAACAUCGCCCCAGUGAAAAAGGACAUCGAAACGGUCUAUUACUUGUUGCAGAUGUCCCCCAAGCCUGUCCCCAUGGAGAAGCCACGGCAGCAGCAGAACGACCCCUUAUACGACACCAUAAAAUAACUCUAAUAAAGUAAUACAUCAUCUUCUACCUCCAAGAACCUCUAAUUCUGGAACCCAAAUCUUGUGUCCAUUACACUCACACUGCUUUGGGGCUGGGCUUGGAGCCAAUGAGGCUGGAGAAACAGUACGGCCAAGAGGAAAGAAGCAGAAGGUUCAGCAUCAGCCUCUGUGUAUGGGAUAAGUCAAGAUGGGUGGUGGGGGGGCAAGGGAUAAGGGGGACCCCAUAAAAACCUCUGUUCCCCAUUCCUUUCUAGCACCUCCUGAUGAAUACGUCUGGGGAGUUACAGGUCUUGGUCUUUGUCCUGCUACCAGAGUGAUCUACAGCCAUGAACCUGCCAAUAGGGAGCAAACUGUCCUGUUCUUUGGUUUAUCUGUUAAUCUUGGGGUUCAUUCCCAAACUGACUGAUAAUAAUGUUAGACUGGUAAAUAUGUGCUAUGCUUUUCCACUGCCUGUAUUUAAGAGGAAAUCUAAUCAGCAAAGAUGAAAGUCUAUGGCAGAGGUUUCUGUUCUGUGGGGCUGGAUCCUGCAGUAGAAUGCUGCCCACGCAGCCAAUCCUUGUUCCCCUUAAUACCCAGGCUUAAAGGACCAGUAGUACCUAGAAAUUAAGAAAGCCAGUUGGGGGGGAUUUUGGGUGACUGUUACCCCAAUGUUUCUAUAUAUCUGUAACCUUGUUAUGG